AUGUACACUGCCGAGUAUGAGAACAGCGUCAACAUGAGCGCCGAGAAGCAACAGAAGAAGGUCAGCUAUAGCAUUAAGCGUUUGCUGAAGCAACUCUUCAAAACACAACAACAAAAGCAAAAGCAACAACAAGAAUUGUUGGAGAAUUUCGCCAACAGCAAAAAAGCCAACUCAUUGGAAUCACUCGAAUCUCUGGAGAAUUCACGCAAUGCCGAUCUGGAGUCCGUAGCUGAGUGCAUCUCUCUCGAAUCCUGCGAGAAUGAUGCCAAUGAACGUUUGGCCGCCUCAUGCGAUUUGGAAGAUUACGAAUUUGCCGAUAUCACCACAGUGCCCGUACAUUUCUUACGCACAGCACAUGGUACUUUCUUCUGGACCGCCAACACUGAUUUGCCAGCCGAUAAUGAUCUUAUCGAACCCUUGUACUGCAGCACUGGCAAUCAAAUCGCCACCACACAAAUGCAAGAUCGUUGGGCACAAGCCUAA